AUGACUUUUGCUAGAAAUGUCAUUAUUAUUAUCCUGGUUAUUCAUGAUCCCAACCUACAUAUUCCCAUGUACUUUUUCUUAGGUAAUCUUUCUGUCUUAGAAAUUCUAAUCACAACUUCCAUUAUUCCCAAAAUACUGGUGAGUCUUUUGCUGGGCAACAAAUCUAUUUCAUACCCAGGUUGUCUUUCUCAGUGCUAUUUCUUCUUCUUCCUGGGAAGCAGUGAUUUUGUCCUUUUAACAGUCAUGUCAUAUGAUCGUUAUAUGGCCAUUUGCAAUCCUUUGCAAUACCCAGUGAUCAUGAGAUUUGAGUUCUGCCUAUGGCUAGUUAUUGGCUGUUAUGCAGUAAGUUUUUUUGGAACCAUUCUCCCCACCAACCUAGUUACAAAUCUGUCUUUCUGUGGCAGAAAUCAGAUUGGUCACUUUUUCUGUGAUAGUUUGGCCUUGAUGAAACUGGCCUGCACUGACCUUAAUCUUGUGGCAUUAAUAAGUUUUUUCUCAUCCUCAGUGAUUGUGGUAGGCUCUUUAAUUAGCACCAUUAUAUCCUAUGUUAAUAUAAUCACAGUUAUUGUUCAGAUUCCAUCUUCCUCCGGAAGACAAAGAGCCUUCUCUACUUGUUCAUCCCAUUUAAUUGUGGAUAGUCUUGAGUAUAGCAGUUGCAUUUUCAUGUAUGUACAGCUUUCAGGCAAUAAUCCAUCAACAAAUAAAAUUGUUUCUCUAAUCAAUAUAGUAUUGACUCCUUUGCUGAGCCCAUUCAUCUUCAGUUUGAGAAAUAAGCAAAUGAAGGAUGCUGUAAAAACAAUUUUCAUAAAGCAUGCAGUCUACUGA